AUGCAGCAGCGUGCGCCUCGCUCGAUGGCCAAGCGCCUGCGCAGCUUCGAUAUAUUCCCCAAGUCGGUGGAGGACGUGCGCGAACAAGCUUCAGCUGGUGCUGCUGUGACCAUUGUGGGGGUGCUGGUGAUGCUUUUCCUCUUCGUCUCCGAGUUCUCCAGCUACACCCAGGUCGUCACUGAAGCGUGGCGUGGCGGUGCCAUUUGGGCGGAGGCAGACACCAUCUUUGUGGACACCACGCGCGAGAAGACCAUGUGGAUCAAUUUCGAGCUCGUCUUCCUCCAGCUGGCGUGCAAGGAGGUGGAGGUGGACAUCGUGGACAACUUUGGCGACCCGCAGCGGGGGCGGAGGGAUAUCCAAAAGCAGGCCGUAGACCCCGAGCAGUACCUCCAGCAGACCUUCUCCUCCUGGUUCACUUCGGCCCACACCGAGGAGUUCCCCAAGGGGAGCGGGUGCCGGGUGUUUGGCAAGGCCGAGGUGCAGAAGGUCAAGGGCAAUCUCCACAUCGCCGCCGGAAGCAAUGCCCCCCAGUCGCACGAUGGUCACCAGCACCACGUGCACCACAUCACGCCCGAGCAGGUGGCCUCCUUCAACGUCUCGCACUUCAUCCCACAUCUUUCCUUCGGACCGGCCUUCCCGCGGAGGACGGACCCUCUCAGCUGGACGCGUGUGAUUGAGCCCAAUGCGAUGCAGGUGAACCACAUGAUCCAGCUGGUGCCGACGAUCUACGAGGACUGGGGCGGUAACGUGAUCGAGGGCUACCAGUACUCAGCGCAGACCAACUACAAGCACAUCGUGCCGGGCGCCUCGUCCUUCCCGCUGCCGGGCGUGUUCAUCAAGUGGGACAUGUCGCCCUUCGUCAUCCAGUACCGCGAGACCGGCCGAUCCUUCGCCCACUUCCUCACCCGCCUGUGCGCCAUCACCGGCGGCACCUUCGUCGUCCUCGGGCUGAUCUAUAGCGGCCUCACCAAGGCCUUCCCCGCCCUGCGAACCGUGCGCGAGAAGACGACGGGCGUGCCGGGACCGCUGUCCCACAACAAGCACCACCACCACCACCACGGCCUCUGA